AUUAUGGAAGUAAUUGAUCUGGAGAACUACUUCAUACCUUUUAUUGCUAGUUUGACGAUGAAUGAUAGAAGUACUAAACGUUUGUCUGUUAGUCAUCUUUUCACUUCUGUUUAUAUGCGUGUCAGUCCGAAACAUCAAAGUAAAUGUUGUCUAGUAUUUAAUAUUAAGAUAUUAUACAUUUUUUAUAUUAUAAUUGUUUUAUUAUAAUGUAUAGGUGACUUAAUCGACUAUCAUUGUUUCUUAAGUUUGGACUCAUUACCUUCUGUUCGUCAAAAUGCAGCAAAUAAUUUGGUUGAUUUCAGUGAAGUUGUUCAUAUGUCAAUUUUUGACAGUAAAUUAACUCCCCGUUUGGAACAAUUUAGUUUUGACCAAAAUGAGCAUGUUAGAAUAUUGGCUUUAUCAACAGCAAUAACAAUUUCAAAAAAAUUUGAUGUUUCCUAUACUAAACAGAUAAUUCUUCCUAUUGCAUUGAAUUCAAUACAUGACCCUUCCUGUGGAGUACGUUCAAUACUCAUCAAGAAUAUUACAAAGAAUUUGAUAGUACUACCAGAAGAUCGAUUAAUAUGCUGUUUGAAAGCAUUUAUUAUAAAUGAUUCAUGGAAAAUGCGAAACACUGGUGCAAUUUAUUUAUAUAUAUUGGCAAUUCAAAAAGGUCUCAAAUUUUUUGAAGAUUAUCUAGAACAGUCGUUUUUAAUAUUACUAACUGACACAAAACCAACUGUUCAGCAAACUGCUAUGGAUGUGUUCAAACUAUUAGUUACAGAAUUUGGAAUGGAUUGGGCUCAAACAUAUAUUGUGCCAUACCUUAUAAAACUAUCUUACUCGAGAAAUACUUACAACAAGAUGGCGUUUUUAUCAUUUGCUAAAGUAUGUGCAACAAUAAUGUGUAUACAAUUUAGAACACUAAAUAUUAAUAUGAGAAAGAAUGCAGUGGAAUAA